UGAGCAGUUGUGUCCAGAGAUGGAAGAGGAAGAGGGAGUACCCGGGGAGUUCGGGAAGGUGUGCGUCAGGAAGCAAAGGAGGAAGAGACAGAAGCUCCUCAUCACAGAACUGUUCUUCGACUUCGCGAAGAACACCACGCUCCACGGCCUGCGGUACAUCACCGAAGUCGGGCUUACAGUUGCAGAGAAAGUGUUUUGGGUCCUAACGUUCGUGGCCAGUUUAGUAAUGUGCUUUAUCCUGAUCGAACGAGUUUGGCACAAAUGGUGGUACAGCCCUGUCAUCGUGUCGUUCAACGAGAUGAUGAUUCCUGUCGGAGAAGUACCAUUCCCGUCUAUUACAAUAUGUCCGCAGUGGAAAUGUAAAACGUCGGCUUAUAGGUACACGGAAAAGUUUGUAAAGCAUGGAAAAAGGCGCAAAAACAAUAACAAUAAUAACGAUAGAGAGACUUUAUUUUCAUCAGCGAUUAAUGAAGAGGAAGAAAGAAUAUUGCUCGAAGAUGCUUUCCUGGUGUGUGAAAACUUUUACAGAUACUUGACGCCUCGAAAUAAAUCGAAUGAAUCGCUUGUAAAUAAUAUAAUACACAUGGCACCAGAUGUUAACGAAGUGAUGUUUUCCUGUACCUGGAGAGGUCAGACGGUGACAUGUGGGGAGUACUUCAAAGAAGUUCUCACCAGCCAAGGCGUGUGCUUUAACUUUAACGCUUUAUCUUAUGACGACAUUUUCAAAAUCAAAAGCAUUCAAAACGAAUACAUAUAUCUAAAUGCGUCAACUCCGGCAAAUAAAUGGAAUAUUAUGUCUGGAUAUUCGAGUCCAACUUCUAAAAGAAAAAAGAAGAAGACAAAAGGAAGAAGAGCAAAAACAGAAGAUGAUUCAGAAGAAUACCCACGGCGUGGCCAGGAAAAUGGUGCGCGACCGGAUCUCGAACUAAUACUCGUUGAAAACCCGACGGAUGUCGACGAAUCUUGCAACAGUCUAUCUAAUGGCUGGAAAAUCUAUCUCCAGCACCCAGCUGAUAUGCCCCAGGCCUCGCUGUACUACUACGCAGCCAUCCCUGAUCAAGUCACCUCUUUGGCUCUCAAAUUCAGUAUCCUCAAUACGUCGGAAAGUUUGAUGAACUACAAAUCUGAACAGCGGCAGUGCUACUUCCCUAAGGACCGCAAGCUCCAGUACUUCGCAACGUACACACCGGACAAUUGCCGACUAGAGUGCUUGUCUCUUUACACCUACAAGCGAUGCGGAUGCGUGUGGUAUCACAUGCCGCAUCAUAACAGUUCAGAAAUAUGCACAGCGCAACAAAGACGGUGCGUUGAAAAGGCGCAAGAUGAGUUAGCAUCAAAUAAACUGAAGCAGAGCAAAUGUAAUUGUUUGCCAUCAUGCGACAGCGUUCAUUACGAUGCGGAAAUACUUAAAACAAACUUUGAUAUCAAAAAACAUAUUAAAGCUAUGAAUAAGAAAUAUGAUUAUACUAUAUCAGACAAUUACAAUUAUUCACGUUUGGAAAUUUACUUCAAAGAGCCCCGAUUUGUGUCAAUGCGACGUUCAGAGCUGUUCGGAUUGACGGACUUCCUGGCCAACUGCGGCGGGUUGCUGGGCCUAUUCCUCGGAUUCUCCUUCCUCAGCCUCGUUGAGAUCUUCUACUUCUGUACUCUCAGAUUAUGGUGUACCCUGAAAAAGGACAUCAAAAUUGAAAAGAGGAAGUUGAAGGAAAGCAUGUAUAAGAAAUAGUUUUUUU